GCUGGAGCUGAGCUGCCAAACUACAGCAGCUGCCGGACCCUGGGACAGAGCAAGGGUUUCAGACACAUCGACCACCAACCCCACCGGAGGGAGGAGCCAGGCCCAGCUACCAGUGCCAUGACCUUCGCCGAGCUCGUGGACCGCGUGGCCAGCAAAGGGCCCUUCCAGUUCCUGCACACGGUCCUGCUCGGCCUCCCGAUCCUCAGCAUGGCCAACCACAACCUGCUGCAGAUCUUCACAGCGGCCACCCCCGCCCACCACUGUCGCCCGCCACCCAACGCCUCCGCGGGGCCCUGGGUGCUCCCCAUGGGCCCGAAUGAGAAGCCUGAGCCGUGCCUCCGUUUUGUAUAUCCACCCAACGCCAGCCUGCCCAAUGACACCCAGGGGGCCACCGAGCCCUGCCUGGAUGGCUGGACCUACGACGUCAGCACCAGGGACUCCAUUGUGACUGAGUGGGACCUGGUGUGCAACUCGAACAAGCUGAAGGAGAUGGCCCAGUCUAUCUUCAUGGCGGGCAUACUGAUUGGGGGGCUCGUGCUGGGAGACCUGUCUGACAGGUUUGGCCGCAAGCCCAUCCUGACCUGCAGCUACCUGCUGCUGGCAGCCAGUGGCUCAGGCGCAGCUUUCAGCCCCACCCUCCCCAUCUACAGCGUCUUCCGCUUCCUGUGUGGCUGCGGCAUCUCAGGCAUCACCCUGAGCACCACGAUCUUGAGUGAGCCACAGGGGGAGGGGACGGGGACCAGGAGUUUGGGGAGCACCAGCCCGAAGCCAAGAGUGUGGCUCAGCCACAGGCACCGGGCGACCCUGGUCAAGCAAGGCGCUGCCCCUCUCGGAACCCCAGAGGCCCCCUCUGAACAUAACAACAAGCAUAAUAGCAGCAGCUUCAAUACUGAGGACCCACCCCGGGCCUGGCAUCUGCCAGGUGUCGAGUGGGUGUCCACUCGGAUGCGGGCCAUCAAGUCGAUUUCACUCGGUUACUUCUACACCAGUGGCCAGUUCAUUCUGCCUGGCCUGGCCUACGCCAUCCCCCAGUGGCGCUGGCUCCAGUUAACCGUGUCCAUUCCCUUCUUCGCCUUCUUCCUCUUGUCCUGGUGGCUGCCAGAGUCCAUACGUUGGAUGAUCCUGUCUGGAAGGUCCUCCAAGGCCCUGAAGACAUUCCGGCAGGUGGCAGCCUUCAAUGGCAAGAAGGAGGAAGGAGAAAAACUUAGCCUGGAGGAGAUCAAACUCAACCUGCAGAAGGAGAUCACCCUGGCCAAGGCCAAGCACAGCAUAGCUGACCUGUUCCGGACACCCAUCCUGCGCCGUGUGACCUUCUGUCUUUCCCUGGCCUGGUUUUCCACCGGUUUUGCCUACUAUAGUUUGGCUAUGGGUGUGGAGGAAUUCGGCGUCGACCUCUAUGUUCUCCAGCUCAUCUUUGGUGGGGUUGACGUCCCAGCCAAGUUCAUCACUAUGGUCUCCAUAAGCUAUCUGGGCCGGCACACCACGGAGGCCGUUGUUCUACUCCUGGCAGGAAGCUGCAUCCUGUCUCUCAUCUUUGUGCCUUCGGACCUGUUGACCCUGAGGACAGUACUGGCUGUGUUUGGGAAGGGAUGCUUGUCCAGCUCCUUCAGCUGCCUCUUCCUCUACACGAGCGAGCUAUACCCCACAGUCAUCCGGCAAACAGGUAUGGGCAUAAAUAACCUGUGGACCCGCGUGGGAAGCAUGACGGCCCCACUGGUGAAAAUCACCGGGGAGCUGAAGCCCUUCAUCCCCAAUGUCAUCUUCGGGACCAUCGCCCUCCUGGGAGGCAGUGCAGCCCUCUUCCUGCCUGAGACGCUCAAUCGGCCCUUGCCAGAGACCGUUGAAGACUUAGAAAACUGGUCCCUGCAGGCAAAGGAGCCAAAGCAGAAGCCAGAAGCAGAAAACGCAUCCCAGAGGAUCCCUCUGCAGCCUUGUGAACUGGGCCUGGGCCCCAACUGAAGGCAACAGACCCUCCUUUCCCUGCCCUCCAGAGACUAAUCCCAGCCAGGUCCUUGCCUGUCUCUGGGCUCCGCAGGCACCUUGGGGAGGGCCCUGGGUGCAUCUAUGUUCCUAGGACACAGUCUUCUGAGAGCUUGGUGGAGGUAUCUCCACCACCACCGGAGCUCCCCAACCCAGCCCUGGCCAGUUCAGAAGUUUGGCCACGGGCCUUCGCACACCCCACCUUGCCCUCACCCUCCCUGCAGCCCAGGCCCUGCCAUUCUUCUGUCCAGCCCUUCCCCACUGACCACUUCUCCCAUUGUUCCCACUCCCUUCCCCUUCUUGCUCCCACCCCUUUCUUCAAUGGGAGGUUUCAAUAAACAGCAGUGAAGAACUCAAGCCAUGCUGCUCAGGAACAGGGGUGGGAAAGGGGGCAGGGCCUGGUAUGGACGUGUGAGCAUGCGUAUCUGCCCAUCCACACUGGCAUGGAUAUACAGGUACGGGCACACAGGUACAUGCAAGCUGGGCUGAUGUGAACACGUGUGUCCAGCGUGAGCACACUGACGUGUGUAUACGCCAAGCCUGUAUUAGUCGACUCGGACUGCUGUAACAACAUGCCACAGACAGAAUCACUUAAACAAUUUCUUCCCCACAGUUGGGAGGCUGAGAAGUCCAAGAUCAAGGUGCUGGCAGACUCACUUCCUGGUGGGGGCCCCCUUCCUGGCUUGCAGAUGGUCAGAUACCUUCUCACUGUGUCUCACAUGGCCGGAGAGAGAUGAAUAGAGCUUUCUGGUUUCUCUUCUUUUAAGGGCACUAAUCCCAUCAUGAGGGCCCCACCCUCAUGACCUCAUCCAACCCUAAUUACCUCCCAAAGGCCCCACCUCCUAGUACCAUCACAUUGGGGGUCACAAAGCCGUCUAUAGCAAGUCCUGUCCUUGGAAAUACCACGUGUGUAUCUACAUGUCCCGUCAUGCAUGUGAGCACUUGACUAGAUAAGCCCAGAGUGGCUGCAGAUGGAAGCCAGGGCUCCUCCAAUCCCGACCUCCUUCUCCCUGCUCACCCCAAGUCUCUGAUCCAUGUCCCAACCCUGCGCCCACCAGGCAGCUUUGCCUCCUAUUUAACUGAGAAAACUGCAACCGUAACUGAACAUUGUCGACGUCUGCCACCAUGUUUCCCAAGUUUCCCCCAAUCACAACAGAAAGUCCAGUCCUCCCAUUGGGGCUCUGCAUCCAGCCUCUCCCACUAGCAGCCAUCUGCCGUCUCCUUGGGUCUCUUCCCUUUCCCUCUCUCCUGGCUCCUUUGCAUCACCAGUUAAAUAAGCCCAAGGCUCUCCUAUCUUAACACAAACCAACCAACCAACCUUCCUUGGUGGCCACGCCUCCCUCCAGGGCCACACUGUCUCUUUCUCCACUUCACAGCCAAACUUCACAAAGCUCCUGUCUGCCUCCCCUGCCUCCACUCUCUAACCUCAUCCAAACUGCGCACUGGCUCCCACCCUUCUCUGAAAUUGUUUUCACCAACAACACUCAUCAACCCCUGUGCCAAAUCCAUAGGUCACUUGUCAUCCCUUGUCUUACUUGACCUCACAGCAGAUUUCAUUCUAUCGGUCAUGGCCUCCUUCCUUGGUUUCUGAGAUGCCACGUGCUUACAGCUCCCUCCCACACUCUGGCUGCUCCUUCUCAGUCUCCUUUGGGGUUUCCUGUAAAUGCUACAGUGGUCACUUUGUCCUGCACCCACACCUUCCUCAAGGGUCUACAUUUCCCAGAACCUGCUAACUGAACAGUUAACAUGACCCUGCACCUCUGGUCAUGAUUGACUGGACCAGAGGGCACUUCAGAUCCAAAUCUCAUUAAUCACACGUUCCCUCCUGGCUGGAAUCUGGGUCAUGGAGGUUCUAGUACAUCUCUUGUUUCUUGUCCUGAGAAGGCAAGUUAGCAUGAAGGUGGGCUGGCCCAGAUAAAAGUAGAGCAGAGAAAAUCAGUUGCAGAGAAAGAAUGAAGCAGGUGCACAGAGGGGG